GCGCACGCAGGCCCCGUGGCGUUUCCCCGCGCCAUUGCAGACAUGGCGGGGUCUCUCGGCGGUAUGUUCUCCGGGCAGCCCCCUGGUCCCCCGCCACCGCCGCCCGGGCUCCCGGGCCAGGCCUCGCUUCUGCAAGCAGCGCCGGGGGCUCCGAGGCCGUCUAACAGCACUUUGGUGGACGAGCUGGAGUCGUCUUUCGAGGCUUGCUUUGCCUCCCUUGUGAGUCAGGAUUAUGUCAAUGGAACUGAUCAGGAGGAAAUUCGAACUGGUGUUGAUCAGUGUAUCCAGAAGUUUUUGGACAUUGCAAGACAGACAGAAUGUUUUUUCUUACAAAAAAGGUUGCAGUUGUCUGUCCAGAAACCAGAUCAAGUUAUCAAAGAGGACGUCUCAGAGCUAAGGAGCGAACUGCAGCGGAAAGAUGCGCUGGUCCAGAAGCACUUGACAAAGUUGAGGCACUGGCAGCAGGUGCUGGAGGACAUCAGUGUGCAGCAUAAGAAGCCAGCUGAAAUCCCUCAGGGCUCCUUGGCCUACCUGGAGCAGGCAUCUGCCAAUAUCCCUGCACCUCUAAAGCCGACCUAAGAGCACUCUGGCCUGGGACGCAGCCUGUAGUCCUGCCGGACACUUUCCUUAAAGGCAUGGCCUAUGGAAGAACUCCAUUGAUAAUGCCUCGGUGUUAGUUGUUUAUACGGUCGGAGUGAAAUAUGAAGCUCUGGCUGACCUUGAACUUGUGAUUCCCCUGCCUCAGCCUCUUUUGUUCCCUAAAUCCCUAGAGUACCUUAUAACUUUAUAAGAUAUCUGAAGCUUUGAUAAACCAA